AAACAAUUCAGCGCAAUGAUCUACGUCACUCCAGAAAGAGCCAAUUAUGGUUCACGAUGGAAUAUUGUAGGGGGGGAUCUUUGAUGAAACUAAUUGAAGGAGCAGUUAAUAACUCCCUCUCAGAGGUCUGUAUCCGGUACAUCGCUAGAGAAGUGCUAGAGGGCUUGCACUACAUGCACCAUAAAUGUGUUGUCCACCGUGAUAUCAAAUCACCGAAUAUCACACUAAACCGUCAUGGGACAUUCAAGAUCAUUGAUUUCGGAUUGGCCGUGCAGUUGGACAGAAUAGACAAGAAAAUCAUAGGUGCCCGCGGAACUACCUGUUGGAUGGCGCCCGAAGUCAUUGGCUGCAGAUACAACUGGCGACAGACCUACAACUUCAAGUGCGACAUCUGGUCAUUUGGCAUUACCCUCAUAGAGAUGGCAGAUGGACAGUCACCUUACGAGAGAUUCGGCAGGACUAAAGCCAUGGAGCACAUUUUCACAGACGAACCCCCACGUCUCAAACGUGAACACAUGUGGAGCUACGAUUUUGUGGAUUUCUUAGGCCAAUGCCUGAUUAGAUCACCUAAGAAAAGACCAACAGCCACACAACUUCUUGGCCAUCCUUUUAUAAUGGAACAACCAGAGGCUGAUCAGGUCAAAUAUGCGUUAACAGAAUAUGCCAAAACCGUUGAAUAAUCCCGCCCUGGACAAUCACAAUCAAGUCUAGAGAAAUGGGAAAGAUCGAAAGAUGUGCCUUUAGUCACCUUUCAUCUGAACUAGAGCUCGUAUCUUAUUUUAUUCAUCUUCUCAGAGCUACAGUCCAUCUCCCAACCAUCAAGUAAAGGCUACAGUCAUGGAUGAUCCUUUAUGGUAUCCUAGCGAUCCGCAGCCAUGAUGGUUCCAGUCAGGGUCGGACUGGGGGGCCCAGAGCCCAUCGGGGCUGCUGCCCCAGGGCCCCCCACCGACCCCCUUGCCGUACCGGCGUGUGCAGUGCGUUCGUGUGCAUGCGCGCGGAGCUGUGGUUGUGCGCUUCCGCUUUCCCGCAACCUCAGACAAAGGGAGGCAGGGCCCACAGGG